UCCAAGGUCCUCUGCCUCUGGCAGGGAGCUCCCGCCCCUUCUUCCUCGGCUCUGCAGAGUGCUCCGUGCGCUUCUCUGCAGCGUGAGCUCUGGGGCACUUUCCCCCUCGAUCUUUGGUCGGCUCUGGCAGCGUCACGCCCCCUGGUACUGUGACCCCCCCCUUCCCCGCGCGCCCCAUCCACUACCCUAAAGCAGUCCCUUUUUCUCCGCGGGAAUUUCCCUCUUUGGCCAUGCCCCUGGCCCUGGCCCAGCCACAGCUGCGGCUGGUCCCCCAGGGCCGGAUGGGUGGGCCCUCCUCACCGGGUUGGGGACUCGGAUGGAAAAUGGUGGUUCCAGGCAGGUCAGUUCUCAUGACCCGAGGCGGUGCCCCUUGCAGAACUGCUGCAGGACCAACCCGCAGGGGUCUCCCGCGGGAGAUUUUCGGGCAAGUGGACGAUGAAGAGGUAUUUGGCUUACUUUGUUUCAAUCCUUUGUUCUGCCUAGAAGUUGGGCCUACUCCUCUCAUCACAGGUUUGACCUCUCCACAUUUGACACCAUGGUGACCUCCACAUCAGAGCUGGGAAGACUUCUGUUUUAGGAAUGGAAACAGAGCUGUCUAUAAAUUCUACUCACCCCUUGUCCAUUUAUUUCCUCUCUUAUCAUGCUGUCAUGACAAGAUGGGAUGAGGGAGAGAUGUUUAAAGGUAUAGACCAGGGAACUUAUGAACCUGAGUUUGCUCAGCCCCUCUCUUGGGGAUAAGUUUCUGAGAAAACAGCAAUAAAAAGAUGAAAGACCAUCUUCUCGGAGCUCAGCCCACCAAUGUAUCAGCCUCAGCUCCCUGUCAGCUUCUCCAAAGAGCCUGAACCAGGAAGAGCCCUCAGAGAUGAAAGGAAGACAACACUCUAGGUGGAGAAGGAGCCAAGGAGGAUCGGUGCAGAGGCCUAGAGAAGGAAUUAAGACCCAACCAAAGAGUCAGAAAGUCUGGAAACCUGAAGGACUUCAUCCAAGUGCACCGGAACCAACUGAAAUUUCUCAGAGUCCCCUUUCUGGGGAGGUUCACAGGCUACUAUGUAAGGUGCAUUCAGACGCUUCUCUUUGUACCUACAGUUCGGAUACUUCCCUGAGCCUUCUGAGGUGAAAAAGGUAUCCCACCUCCCAGCAGAGGAAACAAACUCUGUGGGUUGGUCAUCAACCAUGAAGUCCUGAACUGAACAUGCUGCUCAGUUCUGCAGUUCUGCAGUCCUGCGUGCACAGGCAAGAAGCAUCCCUGCCCCGCCCAGCUGUCUUCAGUUCCUGUUCUUCCUCCAGAACUGUUAGACUCAUCAGCCCAGUUUGUUCCUCUUAGUGCUCUGCAUUUUUUAGCAAAGGGUGUUGGGCCAGGGACCACUGGGAGCAUUUCUCACAAGCUGGCUGAAGCUCAUUCUACAAGUGUUGCAGCUCACAGACUGGGUGAGACUGAGACCUGGUGGUGGACCAAGGGAGGGAUGGUGGAGAUGGCAGAUUACCUGGGUGGACUUGGGCAAAUGCCUCCCCUCUCUGGGUCAUGAGGACUUGGGCUGAACGGCCACCUUUAAAAGAGCAGGGAAGGCAUAUGGGGAAGGUUGAGUAAUACUGGAGGCUCUGGGAAGGGGCAUACAGACACUGUAGGCCCACCCUACUUCCAACCACCUUAACUCUGCCAGCAGGAGGAAUGGCACCAGCUGUGGCCCAGCUUCUCUUCCUCCAGCUUGUUCUAGGGCCCACUCUGGUCAUGGCUGUCCAGCUGGAGAUUGCUGUCCAGAAUUUCCGCACCUUAAACAUGGACUAUCCCAAGGUGAAAUUCCCGGAUGAUUUCAAGGGCUACUGUAAUGGUUUUAUGUCCUACGUGCGGGGCAGAAAGGAACAAUGGUAUUGCCCUAAGACACAUUACGUGUUGCACACCCCCUGGAAAACCAUCUGGAAGUCCUGCAAGAAUAGUGAGAGCUUCUGUGAGAACUACAAUGAAUACUGCACACUCACCACGAAGCCCUUCCCCAUCACAAUCUGCAGAGUGAACAAGAGACAGCCACCCACCAGCUGCCGCUAUUCAAGCACUGAAACCAACCGAAAGCUCUACCUGCUCUGCUCCAGCAAGUAUGAAGGCCAACCGAUAGGUAUCCUUGGCCUCUACAAGAGAACUUAAAAUUGACAAUUUCUUCCCUUCCAAACCUACCUGGUGGGUAUCUCUAGCUACAGGAACCUCCCUGAGACCUUUAGACUCACUUUAGCCUCAUUUCCCUACAAUCCUCCUCAGUCUCUGUUCUGCACCUCUUGGAAAUCACUGAUAUUUCCCUUUAUAUAACCUGCCCUUUCCUUUCUCCUCCUCAUGAGUCCAGAGCUAUCUCUCCCAGCACUCCCACUGCUGUCAACCUGCCUUCCUUCUCAUCUAGGGCCACUGGGAUUUCAAGUUAUCUUCUCUCAUCCAUUCCUUUAUUUUCAGUAGCUCCCAACAUUGUCCAAACUCCAGGGUCUGCUGCUAAUAAAGCAUGAAGUGGAUGAGGUGGGCCUGGUUCUGGCCAUGUAAAGUUUUAAAACCAUAUUCUGAGUUAAGAUAGAAUCAUUGGGGAAAACUGGGUGUAGGGUACGUAAGACCUCAUUAUACCAAUUUUUGCAACUUCUUGUGGAUCUGUAAUCAUUUCAAAAUAAAAAGUUAAAAAACGCAUCUGAAUCAGUCCUGAUUUAAUUCUUUUUUUCUUGCUCUCCAAGA